AUGAUGGAACCUUAUGUAUAUGAUGUGAAUCCGGGUUUAUGGGGAUUAGCCUACCUUCCGUCAAUAGAUGAUCACAAACUAGUCAAUCUAAAUCUGUGUUCGUCACAUGAUCGAAUUAGAUUUCAGGUAAGCGUAUAUACAUUAAGGACUAAUAAAUGGGUUCAAUACAUGUCAGAUUCAUUAUCUGCUGAUAUCGUUAAAAAUCUACGGUUGAACACGCAUUACAUUCUUGGGAUUGUGUUGUUGAAUAAUGUAUCACAUUGGUUGAUAUAUAAAUGGAAUGAGAUUACCUUUGGAGUGCCGUUCAUAUUAGCGUUCGAUAUGGUGACGGAGACCUUCGAUGAGGUACAACUUCCCCAAGACAUUAUAUUAUGUGAGUAUGUUUCUUAUAAUUUGAGUAGUGUUAAGGACAAUCUGUGUUUUGAAGCCGAAUAUAGGUCCGGCGACGGAAGUGGCCGGGUGUGUUAUCGAGUAGUUUGGGAGCUAAAACGAUAUGGAGAAUGGGGAUCAUGGAAGAAGAUUGUUGAGCUUUGUCCUAAACAAGAUGGUUUUGAAAUUAGAGAUAUACAGGAGUUGGAUGGUUUUGCUUCUAAUAUUUAUAAGGAGAGUUAUCAAUAUUUGAUGUGUAUGUUGCAGUCUUUUGGUUGGUUUAUCUACCGAAGCAAUGAUGGGAGACACAAAUGUAUUCAACUAGAUAAACUUCAUUGUGCCCGCCUCGUGUGCUCACUUGUUGAAACUCUUGUUUCACCUCUCAUGGGAUCGGAGAAUAGGCUAGAACUAUAG